AUGGAUUCUCAGGUUGCUGUAGCUCUUGCUCUUUCACUUGUUGGUGGUGUCAGUACUUCUAUCGGUGCACUUUUUGUUAUUGUUAAUCAAGCUCCCAAUUUGAAGAUGCUUGGGCUAUUACAGGGUUUUGCUGCUGGUUUGAUGCUUAGCAUAUCGUUCUUUGAUUUGGCUCAUAAUGCUUUGAACUCAUUGGGCUUCCUGAAAGGCAACCUUUGGUUUUUUGCUGGGGUAAUAUUCUUUGCUGUUGUUGCCAGUUUUAUCCCAGAGCCAACUAUUACUCCCACUUCUGAUAUGAAGGGCAGAAAGAAAAACGGGGAUGGAGGAGACAAGGAUACUAUGAAAAAGCAUCGCCGGCAAGUUUUAUUCAGUGGAAUUGUUACAGCCGUAGGCAUAAGUUUGCACAAUUUUCCAGAAGGAAUGGCAGUGUUCCUUGGAUCCAUGAAGGGCCUCCGUGUUGGCAUCAACUUAGCAUUAGCGAUUGCUCUUCACAACAUCCCAGAGGGUGUUGCUGUUGCACUUCCUGUUUAUUUUGCGACACAAAGCAAAUGGCAGGCAUUCAAAUUAGCAUCACUUUCUGGCUUCGCUGAGCCCCUGGGAGUUAUAAUUGUAGCCUAUCUGUUCCCUAGCAGCUUAAGUCCUGAGAUUCUGGAAGGUUUACUUGGAUCAGUUGGUGGAGUCAUGGCUUUUUUGACCCUUCAUGAAAUGUUACCAUUGGCUUUUGAUUAUGCGGGACAAAAGCAAUCUGUUAAGGCUGUCUUUUUGGGGAUGGCUUUCAUGUCUGCAAGCCUAUAUUUCCUAAGUAUCAGCUUACCGGAGGACUUGAGCUUGUAG